AUGGCGGGCUAUUUUGGGCAUGUCGGCGGACAUAUGCCACCAUACCCUGUAAACAGCCAUGGACUAAGCCAUCCAGCGCCCAACAUUGAUUUUUUCAGCCAAAUGGCCCCUCCGUCUUGUGGUAAGUGCCUCGUGAAUACACUUGAAUUAGAUUUAAAAGCGGCCUUGCAGUGACUCAUUCUACAGGGGUUUGUUGCAACCAGUUACAGUUGCAUGAAAGUAGCGUGCUCUUUACGGUUGAAUUCUGUGCGGGUUUUGCGUAACAGCAACUUGAACAAAUGAACUGAAGAUUAAUCACAAGCUUUAGUUAAUUUAUCUAUUGGAUUUUCAUUUCCCGUGCAAGAAGGUCACGGGAUACCACUGCAACUUAAUCGUGACAAGACCUUGUGUUUAAUCUUCGUUCUAGUCCAUUUUAUCCCCGACACAAUUCAUUGAAAGACACGACUGUGAAUCUAAAGGCUUAAAUUAUCCGCGCUUUUGCAUAGAACGUGACGGAAGCCAUCGUUUCAUAGCCGAAACAGCAAUAGAUUUGGAGGAAAUGUGAAUUUGCGCAACUAACUACAUGCACGUCGCUGAGAAACGCGUCUUGAACGUUACACAUGCAUCUCCUUGGGCAGUUCUUCAAACACUUUAUUUGCUAAUUGAAAAAUGGGUUUACAUACACGGAUUUGCUCAUGGAACAAUGUUUAAACAGGCCUUGUUUGUUACAUAAUUACACAUCAUUAAAGGCUUAGUAAAUCAUCAUCGAUUUCAUGCAGUUCGUGGUGUGAGGAAACCUGUCAUUUAGCUCAACAGUUGACAGAAUGGAUCGGACAAGUCAGUCCUUCAUUUGCCUUACAUUUGUCAAAGCAACGUUAUUUCUAGUUAUCUAGAUAAACAAAUUCACUUCACUUGGCUAAAUUAGAGUAAUUUGACAUUUUUAUGAACUUCUGAUUGACUUCAUUUGCGGUCAGCCGUGGUUUCUGUGGGUCGCCUCUUCUAUGCUGUCCCAGAAUUGUUAAAUGUUUCUUCAAGCUCACGAGUUGUAUAAUUUCGCUAACCACUGAGUUACGUGACGAGAAUAGAGUUGCUGGAUUUGAAAUUGUCUUGAUCGGAAUAGAAUGGCAAUGAAAUAAAUAAAUUUCAUUUAACCGAGAGGCCUAGACUCGUAGUUGAAUUAUUACUGCAGUAUGACUGUUCUUUCACAAACUCUUCAACUAUCAAAGUGCGCAUUCAAUUGCAACAGGCAGUCACUUUUUUUAUAAAAAGCUGUAGGGAGGCUGCACGAGGUGCUACUUUUUUAGUAUCAUUCCGCAAGGUAGUAAAGCUUCGGAGCCUCUGUGACACAGUUUCUAUGAAGUGAAGGCGAGCCGCUGAGUGUGGUAUAUCGGUAUGUUUGUUUUUCUUUCGUGGAUAACGAUGCCCUUGAAUGUUGAAUCUUGCCUCACGCAAAAAGCACGAGAGAUGCUGUUUCUGUUGUCUUUUUUGUAUUCAAAGGUUUUCGUUUUUUUAACUCUUGCAACUUGCAAUACAGGCGACUAAAAAUGUUGGUUAAAUGAUUAGUGCUAAGAACUGAUAGGCCACCAUAGAAUAGUCCUAAAAACUUGCUACAAACUGAUGUGAAAGGUGCAGAAAGAGCUACAGCAUCUUUGCAACUGAAUUUAGAAUUCACAAAAUUGGUCUCAUUUGCUCGACCUAUGAGCAUCUCCGUUCCGAAGGGCACGUAGUAAAGCUCCUAAAAACAAAGUUAGUGUAGGAUGGUUUGAGGUACCGGUGGUAACAAAGAUAAUUGGUUCGGUUUGUAUCUUUAGAUCUGGAUGCCACUAAAUGCGCCUGUACAUGUAUAUUCAGUUAAAGAAAAACGUAAAGUUGAAUUUGUAAACGAUAAUUUAAAUGUGCAAUCAUACUUUCAACGCAGGUCUUCAAGGUUUAUGCCAUAGUUUUUUAAUCAGUUUACUUUUGGAUUCUGUGCGCGAAAUUGCAUCCCAAAAUGCGCCACUGAAAAUAAAGCCUCUUUAAAACUGUACUUUCCUGUGGCACUGUUAAAUUUGUUGUACAAGGUAUAGAAAACUACAGUGUGACCUUUCCAAAAAUUUGACCGGUGCUGUUUAUUCAGCUGCGUAGAUUACUCUCUUAACUUUUGAGUCACUGAAUGGAAUCUUUUGAGGCUUCCCAUCCACAAUGAAGCUAUUCUGAUAAACUUUGUUUGGUAGUCUGUUAGUUCAACAUUAUGCUUUUUAAGAUGAUUUUUGUUUUUCAAAAUAAGAUGAAAUGUUAUAGUGUGAAAAACAACGGCUACUGAACAGUUGUUUAUUAUCCUAUACAACAUCGGCUUCAUCUUCUGAGUUUUCUGGACGCUAAGCUUCAGUGUGGACGAUUCAGUUGAAAGCUUCUAGAAAAACGCCACGAACAUUCUACGUUUAUUCAUAUCUUCGGACAAUUAAACGUUUGUCAGAGUUGUAUUCGGCACUUUUGUAGGUGCAACGAUUAUCAAAGAGAAAGGCAGUUGCAGGGGAUAUAUCAUUAAGUCAGUUUUGGUUAUAAUACGAUGUUUUGUCUGGGCGUACAUCCUUAAGUACAACAUUCUGUUCAAAUGAAAACUAGUAUUGUUAUAAUGUUAUUAUGAGGCAAUAGAUGGAGUAUUGUAAACUAGCCUUACGAAAACAGGACAAGAAAAUCGAUUAUCUUCACCGCACAUGUUGCUGAUAUUGACAAAGUAAAGUCACUCAGAACUUUCAGCCAAAAGACGGAACAAAAAUAGAAUAACAACGUUUAAGAUCUAAGUUUUAUCUCGCUGGACGAGCAGAAAAUGCCAAAUUACGGGUACAAAUAACUAGCUGUGCAUAGUCAGACUUGUUGUGCUAAAAUACUUUUAUCUACUCUUGGAAGAAAUAUUCUCACUUUGUGUCGACCAACAAUGCAUAUUUUCCGUGCAUGCACGAUAUCACGUGAGUUUUCUCAUGGACGGUUUCUAAGUUCAUUUAAAGUGAACUGAAACGUCUCACAAUUUUGUUUAAACUGAGAGCGACUUGAACUAACAAUACUAUGAAGAGAAGCUAAAACCAACCUACACAGGAAACAAAACUAUACAACGUAAAAUGAAAACUACCGUACAACAUCUCUGGAUGUACCAGAGGAUUGUAACUGGUCGAGCGCCAUUUUUGUACUGGUUAUUUUCAAAAUGAGUUGAAGUCUAACUUGUCAGGUAUUCGUACGCAACAAAAGUGACAGAUUUUUAGCAUUUUUAGCAAUCACCCUUCCCACAACGCUAACAAGAACUCAAGAGGAUGUCUUCAGUUGGCGUUGACCGCACGAAUUCGAGUCACAUAUAAUUGCUUGACUUUUUCGAAGCUAACUACGUGCCGCACAAAAUCUUGAAAAAACUAUUUCACUGAGAGCCUUUUGAAAACAUUUCAUUCUGUGAACAUUUAAAGUGAUACAUGUACCUCUUCCUUGGUAUUACCUUCACAUAGUGCUAUUCGUUUUUACACACUUUAUAAAAUCGAGGUUGCUUCUUUUGUUUUAUAGCCUAGAAUUCAAUGUGUAGCACUCUAUCUGUACCCUUAGGCUAGGCGAAAUUUCUCUUCUCUAAGUGCGAUGUGAUACUUCAAAACACAGUAAGAUAGAGCAAAACUGAACAGCUAGUUGGAACAGAAACUGCAGGACUACAUGCAACUAUUUGUAGCCAGAGUACUGCCCACCGCCCCUUGCGUUAAAAAAACAUAUAUAAAUAACAAGAAUUCUUUAAUUUUUUUAAGCAAAGAGGAUGGGCCUUUGCAUGUGAGACGUCUUUGUGAAAGGCGCUCUAAAAUCCAAUACUACUCUUCUGGCAAUACUUAUAGCCGCCACAAUGUCUCUAAGUAUGGAUGUAAAUACCACUAUAGCACUUUACACUAAACUUUGCUAGUUCUAUAACUAUAUUCAAACACUUUAACAUCCUAUGAAAUCCUGUAGUGUGACCAUUCGAAUGAAAGCUACUGAGCAGUACUUUCCUGUGGUACUGCUUAUUACGCUGUACAACGUGUUUCUAACUUUUGUGUCUGUGGAUGAAAUCCUAUGGUGUGACCAUUCAAAUGAAAGCUACUGAGCAGUACUUUCCUGUGGUACUGUUUAUUAUGCUGUACAAGGUGGUUUUAACUUUUGAGUCUAUGGAUGAAAUCCUAUGGUGUGACCAUUCAAAUGAACUUUCCUGUAGUACUGUUUAUUAUGCUGUACAAGGUGGUUCUAACUUUUGAAUCUGUGGAUGAAAUCCUACACCUCUUUUGUAGAACUUUUACAUAGUACUAGUCAUUUCUUAGGAUUUUAAGAGAGAAAUGUGCAGUUCUGUGAAUUUUUUUUUUACUUUCGCUUAAAAAGCCAGUUUCUCUUGACCUUCAUGAAUUCAAGGCAAAUAGAGUGCGCAACAUCGAUUUAACUCCAGCACCUAAACUUGAAAUUAAAAAAAGAAGAAGAAGAAAGACGAAAAGCAAAAAAACGCGGAAUUUUAUAUCAUGUAAUACUGAAAUGAAAGGCAUGCAAAAACGCUCCAUAUUUGAAGGGUAAUACCGAAGUAUUUGCCAAGUGUCCAUAGAGUCAAAAGUUAGAACAACCUUGUGUAGCACAAUAAACACUACGGAAGAAAAGUUCUGUUUGGCCAUUGCACCCUGGCGGCACUUCAUAGCAGUUUGUUGCAAUCGAAAAAGCUCUUGUUUUCAAUUAAUCUUCACCUGUUAUAAGCCUGUUUGAGUUCAUUUACACAUUUUAACAAGAUAGCUUAGCGUUUAUCAAUUAAAAGUCCUCGUGUGGCUUAAACUAAAGUUCUUCCCUAAGUAAGCAUGACCCAAAAGGACACUAAUUUUAGUUUAAUGAAAAAAAAUAAUUUGACCUUUCCCUCCCGUGAGUGGCAGAAAUGAGAAAGGAUGGUAAUAGUUAGAAGAAAUCUUGGCAAAGCGAAAGUGCGGUACACGUUCUGCCGAAGAAAAUUUAUUUGAAUUGUCACACCACUAGAUAUCAGCCACAGAAACAAAAGCUAAGACCACAUUGUACAGCAUAAUAAAAUAGCACCAUAAAAGUUGUCAGUAGCUUUCAUUUGAAUGGUCACACCAUAGGAUUUCAUCCACAGACUCAAAAGUUAAAACCACCUUGUACAGCAUAAUAAACAGUACCACAGGAAAGUACUGCUCAGUAGCUUUCAUUUGAACGGUCACAGUAAAUUGCUUGUCUCCAUAUAAUCGACCUCAGGGGUAAAAAACCGCACGUAUCGACCCGACCUUCGAAAAGAAUUAAUUAGUGAGCUCUUCCUUUCAAGCAUAGAACGAUCUUCCUUCGCCAAUUAAAUGCACUGUGGGCGCCAGAUGUUAUAAUAAAAGUAAUUAAUAAUAAUAAUAUCUUCUUUGGUGAGAAAGAGCGAGCGAACCAUGAAGUGGCAAAAUCGUCAAUGCGGAAAAUUCUCACUUCUAACCAUAUAACGAAUAGAUCAGUGGGUUAGCCAAGCCUUUGUAGUAUCUGGUUUUCAUUAGUAUUAAGGGUUGAAUAAUGCCUAUUUCAUGUCAUGCCUUUAUAACCCCCUCAGAUAGCCCUAGACGCCCAUUCAUUGCGGUGGUUUCACUUCCUCUGUUCUUUGGUUAGCAAAACAUAUGUUUUAUUUUCGGACCUGGCAUGUAGUCUCCCGACCGAUGCUGUUUAUAGCCUAAAAUAACCCUUUGUGUCGUAACAGUAUAGUGGCGGCCAUCCAAGUUCAAUAACCUGCGUGAUAGUUUUUGCUCGAAUAAGCACAUCCAAGGUUUUCUCAGUUUACGUAGUGAAAAGAUGGGAUCUUUUAUACAGCGUACCGUGCACGGUACCACAGGAAAGUGCUGAUUCAAAUGGCUGGCCAGAAUUGUAUUCAAAUGAUUUUUCGCUCUAACUUUUGCAUCUGUGGAUGAACUACUAUGUUGUUACCAUUCAAAUGAAAGCUACUGAGCAGUACUUUCCUGUGGUACUGUUUAUUAUGCUGUACAAGGUAGUUCUAACUUUUGAGUCUGUGAAUGAAAUCCUGUGGCGUGACCAUUCAAAUGAAACCUCUUUGGCAGACGCGUUGCAUCAUACUAUUUAAAUCUUAGGAUUUUGAAGAAAAAAAAUUGUAUCAAAAAAAAGCUUAAAAACGAAACCGGUUAGCCAGGUGAAUUUUAUCGUAAUAUGUUCAUUGUGCCUUUCCACGACUUUAGACAUUAAUAUUUUUUUGAUAAGCUUGUCUCAACAGCACGUCGUUCAAUUAUGACUUUAUUUUAAUUUUUUCCUGUUUACUCUAAAGGUAGCCUGUGUACAGACCCCCUCCGAUUUUUCGUGAGGGGAGGGGGCGGGUCUGUACACAGGGUACUCUAAAGGCUAUUUCGAUUUUGCAUGAAAUUGCCACACAUAAUUGUGUAAUAAGUUACACAUUGUACUAAAUCAUGACGAUAAAAGCUUGCAACACUGGCUAUUUCUUGAUUUCCCAAAAUUUACGUGAAUGGAACCAAUGUUUUUUGUCUUGUUUUCCACUUCCGUUGGACUGCAAUGAAUAAUUAAAGACUAACAGGUAAUAUUAAUUCUUUGAAGUAUUCCCGUGGCGCUUCCGAUUUGUUUUUAAGCCCAGAAUCACGGCAUCAAAGGAAAGCUAUACACAAAAAAUUUAAUUUAGAUACACUCGUUACACUCGAGGCAAAAUACUAGAAAAAUAUGUUUGUAUUGGAAUCCGAUAUUGCCUAAUUUGCGAGGAAAAAUGAUUUGUUAAUGUUCUCAGCGGCUUUAAUCUGUAGACGUCUGGCAACAGAUCUUGUUGUUUAAAUUUAAAGAAUGUGUUCGUGGAUGAAUGGAAAUCACGCAAUUUGGGAACGCUGUAGUUCCCAAGAAAUAGCUAGGUAACAAAAUUUUUCACGAACGCGAGAACGAAGAGACUGCACUUAUUUGUGACUAAAAAAAUGUAAUAGCUUCCACAAGAUCGUUUUCUUGGUCAGAAGAUGAUUACAGAAAGUAUUGAAUGUUUUGCGAAUAGUCAAUGCCCAUUUUUUGUGUAAUAUAUAUAAUCCCCCUGUUUGCCUGCCUCUUCGGCCACUGGCAACAGUUACAGACUCACGGAUGCAGUACCACAGGAAAGUACUGAACAAUGGAGGGAGAUUUUGUUUAGGGUGAAAAAAGAAUACAGAUUUGGGUUCCAAAUUGGAUUGGGAAAAUUUCUGGUGUUGAUCUGCAAAAUUAAAAGGAAAAUUUCACAUGUUACAUGGUAACAAAAUCAACCGUUCGUGCUCAGAAUAUAUUUGGAAAAUGAUACACUUUGGUUCACUGGAAAAAUCAUCUGUUUUUUUUUGUCUGAAGAUGGAGGUUGUUUUACAAUUUUAGUCAGGAAAUAGUAAGAAAAACUACCGUGUUUUGGCCUCAAUAUAGCCGGAGGUACCGGCUUAUUCUGGUCUCCAAAUAGCUAGAGAAACGAAGUACAAAUUUUGCUGAGGUAUUGCUUGUACAGAUUUGAUCAGAAAAUGAGUUGUGACCUCAAUUUCUUAUUUUGGUCUGAAAAAUAAGGAAGAA